UGGCAACACUACGACAAUCGCGACAACCUCCACCAGAGAAUCGAAACAAUUAAACAUCCACUAUUCUCGAUACAUAUCGCUCCUAGUCUUCUAGGUAUCUCGACGCUUCUCUCGAACGCUCUCAAAGCCAUCACGAACCGAGCUCACCCACCAAACUUCGCCAGCAGUAUCUCCAGCACCAUACUCAUCACGAGACGACCGAGCCCUCUAGCCUGAGAGGUAUCCCUCCUUCAUAACCGGUCCGCGCGCCGGCUCGCAGCGCCUCCCCUUCAAGUUCCUCCAAUAUACCCUCGAACAAAACAACCGCAAACGAAUACCAACCAAAAUGGCCAUCUACCACGCCAUCAACGCCUGCGCGCACCUCUCCAACGUCGCCGCCGCAAGGCUAGGCAUGACCUCCCUCCCCGCCAACAAAGUCAACCUCAACCUCGCCCUCGCCCUGCACCGCGCCGGCUUCAUCUCCACCGUCUACCGCGGCGGCCCGCACCCCCCCUCGCCCGAAGACCUCACCCGCCCGCCGCCGCCCACCACCCACGCCGACGCCGCCAGCCGCCGCCUCUGGCUCGGCCUCAAGUACUGGAACAACGAGCCCGUCCUGCGCAAGAUGGUCAACGUCCACCGCCCCAAGCGGCCCAUCACCCUCAAGACCGAGGACCUCCACCGCGUCGUCCGCGGCUUCCCCUCCAAGGACGGCCUCGUCAAGGGUCUCAACCUUGGCGAGUGCAUCUUCCUCAUGACUGACCGCGGUCUCCUCGAGGGUAGGGAAGCUCUGGCGAAGAAUAUGGGUGGUUUGGUGCUCUGUCGUGCGAGGUAAACCAUUCUGGAUCCCCCUCCCCCCCUUCCCCUGCCGUCUCAGGUUUUUAUGGUUGUUUUGGGUGGUUGGGAGGCAGAAGAGGGGGGAACUUGGUCCGCAUGAGAAGACGAAAGGAGGAUGAAGAGAAGGGAAAUAUCAAGACGUAGUGUCUGCAUAGAGCAGUCUACGAAUCUCAUACCCUGGGGGAUUGCUACUGGCCUUGGGAUAAGCCUGGUUUACCGAUAGGAAAACAAACCCCCCCUGUAUCUGUACCAUAUUGUACUGUCAUGAAAUUUGAGUCUGCCAAUAUUAGAACAAGUAAUGCAUCUCCUCAUGGACUUGUAGUAAGGGCUGGUCCUGAUAGACACGGCAACGUGAGAAACCACAUACCGCUGUAGCACUGGACGUGUAUUCUUCUACGUCCUUCGAAAUGGCAAAUAAACCAAGGCCAC